UCUCGCGCCAUCUUGGCCGCCGGCUUGUCCACGAGCGCAGCACGUUGUGUGGCAUAAGGGAAGUUUAAUUCUGUAAUAACGCGUAAUAGCGCGUUAUAGCACGUCUGCUCACGUCUUACCGGACACUGGGAGGCGGUUAGGGUGACUCGUCUCUGGUGUUCAGCGAGGCCCGGAGCGCCCCUCUUCUGCUCCCAGCUGUCGGACGUCCUCCCGCAUUCGCCGCCAGCGCCAUGGCCGACAAAAACACCAGAAUUGCAAUCGUCAACCACGACAAGUGCAAACCUAAGAAAUGCAGACAGGAGUGUAAGAAAAGCUGUCCUGUGGUGCGAAUGGGUAAGCUUUGUAUUGAAGUGACGCCGCAGAGCAAGAUUGUGUGGAUCUCGGAAUCUCUCUGUAUAGGAUGCGGUAUCUGCAUCAAGAAAUGUCCAUUUGGGGCUCUGUCCAUCGUAAACCUGCCAAGUAACCUGGAGAAGGAAACCACACACAGAUACUGUGCCAACUCCUUUAAACUGCACAGGUUGCCCAUCCCUCGUCCUGGAGAGGUGCUGGGGUUGGUGGGCACUAAUGGCAUCGGCAAGUCCACUGCUCUGAAAAUCCUGGCAGGAAAACAGAAACCCAACCUGGGCAAAUACGAUGCUCCCCCUGAUUGGCAGGAAAUCCUGGCCUAUUUCAGAGGCUCCGAGCUGCAGAACUAUUUCACCAAGAUCCUGGAGGACGACCUGAAGGCCAUCGUUAAACCGCAGUACGUUGACCAGAUCCCCAAAACCGUCAAGGGGUCAGUAGGGGCCAUUCUGGGCAGGAAGGACGACACUAAGACAGAAGAGCUAGUGUGUGAGCAGCUAGAUCUGCUGCACCUGCGAGAUCGGAACGUGGAGGACCUUUCUGGCGGAGAGCUGCAGAGAUUUGCCUGUGCAGUGGUCUGCAUCCAGAGAGCAGACAUUUUCAUGUUCGACGAGCCGUCCAGCUAUCUGGACGUGAGGCAGAGACUGAGAGCUGCCAUCACCAUCCGCUCCCUCAUCUCGCCCGACCGGUACAUCAUCGUGGUUGAGCACGAUCUGAGCGUGCUGGAUUACCUGUCCGACUUCAUCUGCUGUCUGUACGGAGUGCCCAGUGCGUAUGGGGUCGUCACCAUGCCCUUCAGUGUCCGGGAAGGUAUAAACAUCUUUCUGGACGGCUACGUCCCCACAGAGAACCUGCGCUUCCGCGAGACCUCGCUGGUGUUCAAGGUGGCGGAGACGGCAGCAGAGGAGGAAGUGAAGAAGAUGUGCCGUUACCAGUACCCCGACAUGACGAAGAGCAUGGGCGACUUCAGCCUGCGCAUCACCGGGGGAGAGUUCACAGACUCGGAGAUCAUGGUUAUGCUGGGAGAGAACGGAACCGGGAAGACCACGUUUAUCCGAAUGCUUGCAGGUGGCCUGAAACCUGAUGGAGGAGGUGAUGUGCCAAUUCUGAAUGUGAGCUAUAAACCUCAGAAGAUCAGCCCCAAGUUUAAAGGCAGCGUCCGUGCACUGCUGCAUGAGAAGAUCAGAGACGCAUACACGCACCCCCAGUUCGUCACUGAUGUCAUGAAGCCCAUGCAGAUAGAGAGCAUCAUUGACCAGGACGUUCAGAACCUGUCUGGUGGUGAGCUGCAACGUGUUGCCUUAGCCCUGUGCUUGGGCAAACCGGCUGACGUUUACCUGAUCGACGAGCCGUCAGCCUACCUGGACUCCGAGCAGCGUCUCAUGGCUGCUAGAGUGAUCAAAAGGUUCAUUCUCCAUGCGAAGAAGACGGCGUUCGUGGUGGAGCAUGACUUCAUCAUGGCCACGUACCUGGCCGACCGAGUCAUUGUGUUUGACGGGAUUCCCUCCAAGAACACCCGCGCUAAUUCGCCGCAGACUCUGUUGGCAGGCAUGAACAAGUUCCUGGCACAGCUGGAGAUCACAUUCAGGAGAGACCCCAACAACUUCAGACCAAGAAUCAACAAGCUCAACUCCAUUAAAGAUGUGGAACAAAAGAAAGGUGGAAACUAUUUCUUCCUAGAUGACUGAAGAGCACCAAAAAAACAAGUUUUCAAACUGAUCUCAUUUCAUUGCACCGCAAGUCUCCCAGUGUUUGACAUCAUCAAGGAAGAGGAAGCACUAAGACUGUUUGUUUAUUUUGAACACUGACAGACACAUCAAAACCACCAAUUAUUUUGAGUAACCCUCCUCUACCUGCCGCCUUCUCGUCACUGCUUGUCCUCAAACAGGCAGAAAGGGCAAACAGGAAUGUGGUUGGAGUGGCAGCCAUUUUGUUUCUGCCGAGAGAGCUUUCUCAAUGGGACCUAGAAAAACCUGUUUCUGGGUGAGGAGCCAUUCUGUUUAACACGGUUGUGUUUUUAUUGGACACACAGUGCUGUAACAGAGUAUGAGCAAAAAAUGGCAAACAAAAUUUGAAUGAAACAUUUUACUCAGUAAUAAGAUGUAUAAAUGGUAUAAUCAGUUCGUCAAAGGUUUUGGUGCUUAUGGUCGUUGAUUUGUCACAUAUAAAACAUUAAAUAAAACCUUAUUACAGUACA